GACGACGAUCCCGACAACGGACGACAAGCGACACGAACUAUGCCGCCGCGCAUCCUCUUCGUCAGUGGCUUUCACCCCAACACGCGCGCCCGGGACCUCGCGUACGAGUUUGAGCGGUAUGGCCCUCUCGUUCGCUGCGAUGUUCCUGCACCCCGCAACCCGCACAGCAACAACCCCUACGCCUUCGUCGAGUUCCGCAGCACGCGUGAUGCCGAAGACGCAUAUUACGAUCUGCAUGGCCGCUCCUUUGAAGGUGCCCGUUUGAGCAUUCAGUGGGCAAAGAAUCCUCCUUCCUCUGUAUGGCGUUAUGAUCGUCGUUCGCCGCCUCGCUCUCGUCGGGAGCGCUCUCGCUCACCCCGCCGCCGCCGUGACGACGACGACAGACGUGAUCGUGACCGUGACCGCGAUGACAGGCGCUCCGAUCGCUCCGACCGAGACCGUGACCGCGACCGGGACCGUGACGACCGCCGCUCGGACAGAGACAGGGACAGGGACGACCGCCGCGAACGGAGGCGCAGCCGCAGCCCGGAUCGCGACCGCGACAGGAAGCGCAGCCCAUCGCCGGAUCGUGAGAGGGAGAGGGACCGCGACCGCGAGAGGGAGAAAGACAGGGAUCGCGCGCGCACUCCUCCUGCGCCGGUGAGCGAGAACGGGGUGAAGGAUAAGGAGGUGGUGGUGGAGAGGGAGGAGGAUAGGGAUAAGGCGCAGACGCCGCCGCCGGAGUACCGUUGAAUCAAGGAUCAGUACUAGUGAAAAGAGCGUGCGCGCGUGCCAACGGCAGCGGGCGGUGCGAGAAAUGGGCGCGAGGUCGGACUCCGACGACCGCCAUUCUUUCCCUUCGAGUUUAUUCAUUCUUCCCGCCUCUUUACUCUUCACCUUCAAAAGAAAGUAAUUGCGCCCCUUGCAUGUUCUUGCUCGAGGGGUGCAAACCUGUCGUAGCUUUCAUAUCUUCUCCCCUUACGCCUGAACGUAAUGGACAAAACAUGGCACGAACUUCAUAGCCCUAGUAUACAUUCGACUGGAUGUCUUAUAUCCUACGCACACUGCAGAAUAAAAAUGGGGCUGUGGGAA